ACCAGAAGUAGAUCCUUUUGAGAGCACAAACUGCAGCAUGCUAAGCGCUGCAUACUAAUAUUUUAGCUUGUGCCACACAUCUGGCCAAUCCACCACUUGACAGACAUGGUGAAUUGUUUGGGCAGAUGAUGAGUGAGAGGCAUUUCUAGGGUCUCGCCGGGGUGGUUGUUAAGAAAUGGAGGAAGAUCAAGUGCCAAACGAGGGGUCCUCUCAGACUGCAGAGGUGAAGAGGGUGCAUAAAUCUGAACCCAAACGAUACAGCGAGAUCUUCAGGGAGUUUGAUAAUCUGGAUUUAUCUUUUAUCCCUUCUCUUUUUGUGUUCAGAGCAGAGGAGGAUCUGCUGGUAGACCCUGAUUCACAGUCCAUCUCAGAAUCCAUCUCUGCAGAAAGCGAGGAGCUCAGAGAUGAACAGGAUUUAGCUGGGGAAGAUACUUUUUGUGCACUGAAACGUGAUGGGACUGGUGAGGCUGCUGGAAACCACUCAGCCCAGGAAGCAGACCUGGCUCUGUGUCGCUGCGAAUGUGGAGUGGAGACAGCACUGCAGUACGCCAAGAUGUGGUGCCGCUACGCCAAGGACCUCCUAGCCUGGAUGGAGAAAAGAAUCAGCUUGGAACAAGAAUUUGCUAAAAAUGUGAUAAAGACAGCAGAAGGAGCCAAAAUCAAUGUGGCACAGCAGGAAAUGAUGCCCCUUCAGUACAUCUACACAAUGGCGCUGGAGCAAGACAUUAAGAACAGCCUGACCUCCAAAAAGAUUUCAGAGCUUGUGCAAAAUCGCUGUUACCAGGCUUUGUCUGCAAAGAGGAAUGAGAUUGAAAAAUGGCGCAGAGAGUUUAAAGAGCAGUGGGCAAGACAACAAAGGAGGAUGAAUGAGUCAGUGACCGCUUUUAAAAAGGCUCGUCAGCAGUAUUACCAGCGCUGUGAUGAGUUAGAAAAGGCCAAAGCUAUAUCAGCUAAGGCUGUGGAUGACACAACUGGACUCAAAACUCUGGACAAGAGGAGGAAGUCCAAAGAUGAAGCCCAGACUAAGGUGACGGAUGCAGAGAUUUUUUACAAACAAUGUGUGGCAGAUGCCAGGCUUCACCAAGAUGAGUUAGUGAAGGUCAAAGAGAGAAUUAUUUCCCACAUUCGCAAGCUCAUCUGCCAGGGGGACACUGUGCUCAAAGAGGCUACAGUCAACAUGUUUUACUACCAGAGGCAGCAGACAGAGCCCGUCCCCCUUGGCUACCACAACUUGGAGCUGACAUGCAGGUCUCUAGAGCCUGGGGAGCCCUACCUGCUGUACAUCCUCAGCAAGCCUCGUCCUGAACAGCCCCUCCAAACAUUCGCCUUCCAGGAGUAUCUCCCUCAGGGCAAAGGGAACAAACGGAAAACCAGCAACACUCUCAGCUCUCAGCAGGACUGUUCACCAAUGACAGAUGACAGUCCUCACAGACGACCAAAUGAUGGCAGGAAAGCUGGGUACAGUGACGGUGAAAGUUUUGGGGGAAGUUUAGAGUCUCUGACCAGCCCUGCUCACACCAAAAGGCUCCCUAAAACUUCAUCCACUCUGACGGUGUCAUCAGAUGAUCUAGAUGAACGGGAUCUUGCCUCUGAAUCAGAGUGCAUCGAUGGUCAGCAAGCCAAGAUUCGCACACCCUCACGAGCUGCCCUGACACACCGCCUCAGAAAGAUGAAGAGCAAAAUGGUCAAGUGCAAACAGUGUGAGAACUACAUUGUUGUCAACGGGGUUGAAUGUGAGGAGUGCGGCUUGUCUUUGCACAGGAAGUGCAUGGAGGUGUGUCACACAGAGUGUGAACACAGGAAGGGGACUGUGUUCGGAGUAGACCUGUCUCUGUUGCCACGUGACAGGCCAGAUGAGGUGCCCUUCGUGGUGCUGCGAUGCACUUCUGAGAUUGAGAGUCGCGCUCUUUCUGUUCAGGGGGUGUAUCGUGUGAGUGGGUCUAAACCUCGAAUCCAGAAGCACUGUCAGGCUUUUGAGACACAAAAAGAGCUAGUGGACCUCUCUGAUCUCUCUCCACAUGACAUCACUUCAAUCCUUAAACACUUCUUUAAGGAGCUUCCAGAGCCCUUACUAACCUUUGACUUGUACAAUGACUUCAUCACGGUGGGUAAAAACAUUCAGCACCUGAGUGAAAAGGAGCCAACACCAGACACUAAUGAGAUAAUGGAGAUCAUAAACAACCUGCAAAAGCUACUACAGAGACUCCCUUUUUAUUGCUACAGCACUUUGCAGCAUUUGAUGAGUCACCUGCAAAGGGUGUCAGAGAACCAAGAAAACAAGAUGUCCCCGAGCAAUUUGGGUAUCGUGUUUGGGCCGACACUGUUGCGCCCCCUAGUGUCCACAGACAUGUCAAUGAUCACCCUGCUGGAGACCAGUUACCAGUCUAUUCUAGUUGAGUUCCUCAUCACUCACCAUGACGAGAUUUUUGGAAUCCAGCCAAAAAGCUGUACGCCCACUCCCCCAGCCCCCACUGCACCUCUUCCUGACACCCCUCCUAGAGCUUCCUGUCACCUGGACGGAGAAGUUGACGCUGACUCUGAGCAUGAAACCUCCUCUAGAGAGCGGCCACUCUCACUAGAAGUAAGUUCAACGAAUCGAACAAUCAAGAGAGAGUCAAGCGAGGGUUAUAUAUCUGACAAGUCUUCAUCCAAUGAGGCAGUGGACCAACUCAGCCCUGAAGCCAUUGAGAGAGCAGUCCUGGCUAUAAGAGGGGCAUCCAGCCAUCCUCAAAGUGAGCCAGUGGGAAAACCAGACUCUGCUUUGGGGGUCCAGCCACACUAUCGCUUCACCAGACAGCCUGUGAAGUAUCAGCGGCAUCAUAACCCAGGAACCAGAUUCCCCAACCCAUGUCGUACAGCCAGACAUCAGGAAGCCCCAGCAAGGGGUCCCCCAGGAAGUGCAGACAGCAGUCGUAGCUCCUCUCCAGAGCCAGGAACGCAGAGACUGUCCCAAAACUUAGAUCCCCACAGUGACAACAGCAACCAGACUCAGCAGAUCAGCAGUGCCAGAGAGAGUAAAGUGGAUGUGCCGGUGAAACCUCGGCAGGUUGUGCAGUACAUGCUCGGACUGGACUCAACACCUACAUCGGCUGCAGCUUUGACUUCAUCCAGUUCAACAAAAGAUUCUGCUCAGGUGGUGUCAGCUGGGCGUCAGGCUGAUCUGAACAUAAAUCAUUCCAAUAACAAGCGGAGUGUUGGACAGAGUAACACCUCUAAAUCACUUCCUCAUGAGCACAAACUGACCUCACCGGCUCACAAGAUCCUUUCAGGCCUGAAGCUGAAACGCAGCCACUCAGGCAAGGAGGAGCAGCUCUUUGUCUGAGGAGAAACUGAAAUACAUUUACACGCAUGCACACACACUGGGUUAUAAAACAUUCAAUGCCACUUUUAUCAUGUUGAAGAACUUCUACUGCUAAUGACAUAUUUUCAUGGAUAAAAUGCUCACAUACAGUGCUCAACAAAUUUAUUAGACCACCACCCAAAGUAAAGUUCAUGCCACAGCUGCCCUAAAUUAACAGCAUUGGUAAUUACCAAACUCAUUUUCUUUGUUUCUGCAAUGUCACCCUUUAAA